GUCUAGGGUUUUUUUUUGGAUGUCUGUGUUUGAACACAAACAAGACUGAGAGAAACAGAUCAAACCAGGGCCAUCAGAUGAUGUUUGUGUGAACUUUCUGACUAACACUUCUCUCUUGGUGCCCAGUGAUGGGAAACCAAAGCAGCAGAAUCAGUGACCUGCUCUUACGAGCCCUCGACAACCUUUCUCAGGAAAACUUGAAAAAAUUUAAAGACAAACUAUCAUAUUCUGACUUUGAGAGGAAAGGUACCAUCCCCCGAGGUCGGCUGGAGAAUGCCGACAGGAUAGAUACGAAGAACCUCCUGAUGGAAUUCUAUGGUGGAGAGGCUGCAGUAGAUGUGACCAUAGAGGUUUUCACUCAGAUCGACCUCCGAGAUUCUGCUGCAAAACUCAGAGAAGAAAGAGAGAAAGAGUUUCAUCAGAGUCAAAACCCAUCAGAGUUGUCGGCAAAAGGUUACAAGAAGAAGUAUAAAGAAGAUAUUAAAAAGAAAUACAAGCUAAUAAAAGAUAUGAACAGUCGUUUUGGUGACAAUGUGAUUCUAAACAGAAGAUACACAAACCUCACUAUUGUAGACAGACCUCGUCAGGCAAAGGAGAGAGAACAUGAAAUAAUGGCUGUAGGAUGGAGACAUGCAGAAAUCAUGACUGAACGAGCUAGUUCUGCAAUGACACUGGCCACCCUAUAUAAACCUGAUAAAGAUGGACAAACACCACAAGUCGUUGUGCUGCUGGGAGCUGCAGGGAUUGGGAAAACAAUGACUGCAAGAAAGAUCAUGUAUGAUUGGGCAGCUGGGGAACUUUAUAAGAAAAAGUUUGAUUAUGUUUUCUACAUAAACUGUAGGCAAAUGAACCUUCUUAAUGAGCAGGGAAGUGUGGCUGACAUGAUUUUUAAAAAUUGGCGUAAUACAAAUGCACCAGUUAACCACAUUCUGGUGAAGCCAGAAAAACUUAUGUUUAUAAUAGAUGGGUUUGAUGAACUGAGAUUUUCCUUUGAUCAGCCUAAAGAUAAUCUGUGCACUGAUCCCUGGGAGAAGAAGUCAAUGGAAAUCAUCCUGAGCAGUUUAUUUAGGAGAACAGUUGUUCCUGAAUCCUACCUGAUGAUCACUACAAGGCCAGCUGCUCUGGAGAAACUCGGGCAGUGUUUGGAGUGUUCACGUUAUGCAGAGAUCCUGGGGUUUUCUGAAGCUGAGAGGGAGGAAUAUUUCCACAAGUUCUUUGAAAAUGAGAGAGAAGCAAGACAAGCUUUACGAUCUGUGAAAGCAAAUGAAAUUCUUUUCACCAUGUGCUUUGUCCCCUUCGUAUGUUGGAUCAUCUGCACGGUUCUGAAACAAGAGCUUGAAAAAGGUGAGAAUCUGACACAAACUUCAAAAACGGUCACUGGCGUGUAUAUGCUUUACCUUUCCAGUUUAGUCAAGCCUCUCGGCAACAAUACGAAGCAACACUUACAUGGAAAUCUGAGGGGACUUUGCUCCUUGGCUGCUGAUGGAAUCUGGAAGCAAAAGAUACUGUUUGAGGAAGAAGAAAUCAAGAAGUUUGGCUUAGAUCAAGAAAACUCUCUCCCCCUCUUUUUGAAUGAGAAUAUUUUUCAAAAAGAAACUGACUGUGAAUGUCUCUACAGCUUCAUUCACUUAAGUUUUCAGGAGUUUUUCGCAGCUAUGUCCUAUGUCCUAGAGGAAGAUGAAACAACAACAGCUUCAGGGAUUCCCAAGAAAGAUGUGAAAACUUUGUUAGAAAACUAUGGAAACUCUAAAAAUUAUUUAAUGUUAACAGUGCGAUUCCUGUUCGGGCUCUUAAAUGAAGAAAGAAUGAAGGACCUGCAGAAAAAAAUUGGGUGUAAAUUUUCACCUAAAAUUAAGGCAGAUUUACUGAAGUGGGUUCAAGUAAACCAACAAACAGAUUUAACCUUGCCCCGUGUUCAUGAGGGGAUUUAUCAAAGUUAUCAGCUUGAGUUGUUUCACUGUGUGUAUGAGAUGUAUGAAGAAGAUUUUGCAGUUAAUGCAUUGGCUCACUUCACUGAACUGAAGUUAAAUCACAAUAAAUUUACUCAGAUGGAUCAAAGGGCUCUUUCAUUCUGUGUAAAGCAUUGUCGUAGUCUGGAGUCACUUUGUAUGUAUGACUGUACAUUUAGCUUAGAAGACCAUGAGGAAGAACUCCCUAGACGACAAAAGUGGCUACAUCAGAAAAACCAUCAGGAUAAGCCAAAGCAUUCGCCUAUUUACCUGGUCUGUCAAGCACUGAAGGAUCCAAACUGUAAAUUAAAGAAACUAGAGUUUUGUGAUUGCCAUUUGACAGCUGCUUGCUGUGAGGAUCUCUCCUCUCUUCUUGGUAGCAAACAGACCUUGGUCGAGUUGCACCUGGCAGGAAACAACCUGGAAGAAUCAGGAGUGCAGCUGCUGUGUGAGGGACUGAAGCAUGCGAACUGCAAACUGCAGACACUGAGAUUGAAGGCUUGUAAACUCUCAGCUGCUUGUUGUGGGGAGCUCUCUUCUGCUCUCAGCAACAACCAGUUGCUGACAGAUCUGGACCUGAGUGAUAAUCAACUGGGAGCCAUGGGAAUGCAGCUGCUGUGUGAAGGACUGAAACAGCCAAACUGCAAACUGCAGAGAUUAGUGUUGAGAUGUUGCGAUCUCACAGGUUCUUGCUGUGGGGAUCUCUCCACUGUUCUCAGCACCAGCCAGAGCCUGACAGAGCUGGACCUCAGUUAUAAUUUUUCUCUGGGAGAUGUUGGAGUUCAGCUGCUGUGUGAGGGACUGAAACAUCCAAACUGCAAAUUACAGAUACUGGGGAUGGAGUGGUGCAGACUCUCAGCUGCAUGUUGUGGGUUUCUCUCCUCUGCUCUCGGCACCAGCCAGGCCCUGGCAGAACUGAACCUUUGGGGGACGAAGCUGGGAGAUUCAGGACUGCAGCUGCUGUGUGAAGGACUGAGACAUCCCAACUGCAAACUGCAGAAAAUACUGCUGGGGAGUUGCAGCCUCACAGCCGCUUGCUGUGGGGAUCUCUCCACUAUUCUCAGCACCAGCCAGAGCCUGACAGUGCUGGAACUGGCGGAUAACAAACUGGGAGAUUCAGGCGCGCAGCUGCUGUGUGAGGGACUGAAACAUCCAGACUGCAAACUGCAGAAAUUAAUACUGGGGUAUUGUGAUCUCACAGUUGCUUGCUGCGGGGAUCUGUCCUCUGUUCUCAGCACCAGCCAGACCCUGACAGAGCUCGGCGUAAAGUGGAACAACCUAGGAGAUUCAGGAGUGCAGCUGCUGUGUGAAGGAUUAAAACAUACAAACUGCAAAUUACAGAAACUGCAACUGAGUGGUUGCCAUUUCACAGCUGCUUGUUGUGGGGAUCUUGCCUCUGCUCUCAGCACCAACCAGACGCUGACAGAGCUGAUCCUGGGAGAGAAAACAAUGGACAACUCAGGUGUGAAACAGUUGUGUGAAGGACUGAAACACCCAAACUGCAAACUGCAGAAACUGGGUUUGAGCAGUGUCAAUGUAAAUGAAGAAACAGAGAGAGAGCUAGAUGCUGUGAAAAAGAGAAAACCUGAUAUGGUCAUACGUAUAUGGAAGGAUUGGUGAGCAGGAGCCAUUGCACCGACACCGCUCUGGCCUGGCUCUCGUCCUGCUAGCUGGGACAGCAGCUAGGGAUGGGACCUGCCUCUUUUAAGGCAUCUCUGCCAUCACCAAGGACUCCGGAUGUAUAUUCUCCUGACUGGUGUAAAGAGUGAGAACCUCACAAUAUGGGGAAAAAUAUGCUCCCAUUCUGUGAGCUUGUUGAAUUUACACAUUCAGCCUCCAUAGGCACAGGGUUGGAAGAGACUGUCAGGGUUGUGAGACCCAAAGACUUAUUAUGUGGAGCUGGUUAAGCUUUUAGGUUCACCCAAUUAUAUCUGCGCACAUCCUCAAGGUUGUAGACCCAUGUUGCUUAUUGAAAGAAAUGUUGUUUGGUAUCAGUUUUAUAAAUUGUAUUUAAACUAUUACACCAACAAACUGUAUCACCAAAGAGAAGCUACUAAUCGUACUACGAAACUAAAUGACGCUUAGCGCAAUGCAACUACCCAACCAAAAUCAAACCCCAAUUAAAUUAGUCUCAAUGUUGGAUCAAAAUUAUGUCACCAAAUUAGUUACCUCAUCAGAUUAAUAAGAACUGAUUAUUUGUUCUAUUAAUCCUAAGAAGGGAUCUAAGAAGGUGACUGUUUUAGGUAUGAAUCCCAACUAAAGAAUUUUACUCAAUCAAUUAAAUGUAUAACUUGGUGCUGGUUAACUAUCUUAAUACUGUAGGCAGUUUAUUAUUUAAUGUCUGAACCACAAGCUCAGAGCCGAUUACAAAAGCUUCCUCCUGACAUUUCAGUGUGUGGUGGUGAAAACUUUCCUCACCACACCCAGAGCUGUUACAGUUCAGGCUUUAAAAAAAACACACUCUGAUAAGCAGAAGUUUGACAUCUCUUAUUUAGCAAUUUACAGCGGACAGCUUUGUUUCUCAGGCCUUAAACACACACAGCACAGAACAUACUUCAGCAUAUGUCUUUGAGACUGUUUUAGGGCUACUUAUAUCUGGGAAACUUUCUUUAAGGCGUCUUCCUGAUGUGGAUUCAACAGGUGCUCAUACGCACAUGCUGCAUGCAUGUACAAAACCACGCUUCCACACCAUCAGAUUAGAGAAUAAAAACACAACCAAGACAAAAAUAGAAAAAAAGGGGAAAAAUAAGACAUUUAAGAUGAUGGGGGGGAGUGGUUGUGAACACUUCAGUGCUCGCAGUUGUCUGGAUUCUCAUCUCUUAGAAGCUGGAACUGCUGUUAAGGAGCCUGACAGUGAUGUUGAUGGCACAGCACUUCUCCUAGAGUGAUAUUACUGGGUGCAGGGAGACUGGUGAAAGCCUGGCAUAGCCGGUUUGUUGAUGUCUGGACUUCUUCUCCCCAAGGUGAGGGAUCCCACAUGUUCUGCAAUGCCCAUUUUCCCUCAGGUGGCUUGUUGACCUGAAAGGUGAGGCUUCUUAGCCUUAUCCUGGGUUCUGAAGUUUGCAAAUUUUAUGUAUUCUACCUCGCAGCACCUCCCGUGAAGGCCUUUGGACAAAUCACAUGCAAGAAGUUGAACAGAUUCCCCCAUUAAUUCCCCUCUUCUUGCUCCUAUUGUAGUUUCCCCCAACAUUAGCCCUCUAAUAAGGUCAUCUGUUUUUUUAAUGAUCUGUGGGCUUUUGUCACCUGCCCCCUUUGCACCUAGUUUAAAGCCAUCCUCCUGGGUUGGCGAGUCGGUGCAUGAAGAUGCUGUUCCCCUUCUUGGUCAGAUGGGCCCAUCUCUUCCAAGGAGACCUUACUAUGAGAACAGCAUUCCGUAGUCGAGGAAGCCAAAGUCCUCCCAUCCACACAAUCUGCAUAGCCAUGUAGACAAGCCCUAUGAUGCUAGUUCAUAACCUCCUUAUAUCUGCUGUUUCCAUUUCUCAAUGUAAUCGUUAUGGUUCCCAGGUGCGGAGUCAGCAUUUAUAGGUAAACAAAACGUGAUGUCAAUGCGGUGAACUUUGGGGAAAUGUGGUGAACUUCAAUAGAAUACUGUUAUGCUGGAAGGCGUUAAUGCCUGCCAGCAAGCAUGUCUUUGAUCUGUAGGCAAAGACUUCUGUGAAACUGGGAGGUGUGCUAGUCGCCCUUCCUUCAGGGCGAAUGGAAGGAAUUAUGGCGUAAGACAGGCAAAACGGACGACACUGCUCAAGACCCUGAACCACAAGGGACAGACUGAGCGAGAACUAACUCAGAGAGAAUAAGAUGGGUUUCCUGUACACUUAUUGCAAAAGCUGGGACUGAGGCAUGGAUUGUUGUGUCAGAGGCAAAAGCAACCACAAAGUCAAGAGAGAGACCAGAAACCCAGAGAAGCCCUGGUAGGAGAUGCAGGGACGUAGUCCUUGGGGCACAGGACUCGCUUCAAAGGCAGGGCGUGGAUUUCUGAGCAAAACUGCCUCCUGUUUGUUCCUACCGUGCUCAGGAAUCAGAACUUUGUGUACAUUCUUUGUAAAUAAACAAGAUUGCACCGAAUCAAUUCCUGAUUCUAUAAUCAACUUCUUGUCCUAAUAGAAACAACCCAGCAAGGCCCCAAAUAUUGGUUAAGCACUUAGGCCUGAGGGCAAUAAUAAAAAGGGAUGAGAAUCCCUUAACCUCAUUUUAUGUACAGUUAUAGGUAUCCAUUGCUUUGUGCAGACCCAUUUGUUCCCUUAAUAAUCAGCGCCAAGCAUGUGCCUUUUAGUCACAAAAGUUAACCUGGCAGAAAGGAGCUAUGAUAUCUGGGCUAAGGAGCGACUGGCAAUGAAGGCUGCCUUUGCUGAGUGGUGCCACCUCUUAGAAGGAACUUAACUGAUUCAAUGAACGUGGAAUAUCUCCACAUGGCCCCAAAACUUAAAUCAGCAUCAGAUCUGCUGGUCACUAUUUUUUGCCCGAUUCGAGUUCAUUGUGACUUACUGUCCGGGUGCUAGAAAUGGAAAGAUGGACGUCUUGCCCCACAAGGAUGAAUAUGUUGAAUCACACACAAAGCCUCUUUUGACAGUCCUUAAGCCAGCCAAUUUUCUCAGUGGAACUGUGGACAAGAGCCUAAUGUCCACAUUCAGUCCCUGCUCCUCAUGACACAUUCGCUACCCAGAUCCAUUGCCUUGGACAAUAUGCAGCUAUUCAGUCCAUCUUGUUUCCAAUUGCAGCCUGGUAUCCUCUAUCAUGAAGAGUACAUUUAUGUCCCGAUGCUCUGCCUCGACUCAAAAUGCUGAAACUUUGCCAUGAUACACCGCUCGCUUAUCACGUUGGCCAAACUAAAACAUGGAGCUUGGUUUCAGAACUUCGGGUGGCUGGGUAUGUACUCCUUGUUAAGAAAUACAUUAGCUCUUCCAACUUUUUGCUCCUGAACCAAGAACCCAAGCGUGAAGCCACUUGGCCUCCUCCAGUCCUUGCCCACCCCAUGCCAACCUUGGUUCAUUAUGUCUCUGGACUUGACUGCGGAUCUGCCUUGUUUCCACAUGGUGGUGCUAGUGGUAGUUGAUCUUUGACCAAGAUGGCACACUUUGUAUCUUCACGCAUAGUCCCAUCCACCCUGGAGACAGACCGCCUCUUUUUAAGAUCAUGUCUUCCAGCUCCGCAGACUUCCAACUGGCAUUGUGUUAAUACUCACAAUUUAUUGUCCGGUUCGGGAGCACAUUUUUUGAGCUCCUAGGUGUAGAACUUCUUACCUCAUCUGUAUACUAUCCACAAACUAAUGGACAGCCAGAAUGGGUAAAUCAGAUUCUGGAGCAAUACCUCCACUGCUUCCUAAAUUAUCAUCAGGACAAGUGGGUCUCCCUGCUGCCUUUUGUGGAAAUGGCCUAUAAUAAUUUGGUCUGUGCCUCUACCCAACAGAGCCUGUUCUACACCAACUUCAGCUUCUGCCCCUGUUUCCAUCCAGCAUUAUCAACAGUUUCCCUGGUCCAUGCAGUGGCAGAUCGAGCUACUCAUCUGCACCAUGCAGGAGCUCAUGGAACAUCUGGAAGCCUCCAAAGAGGCCUAUGACAAGCACUCUGCUGAUCAGGGCCAUCAGGCCAUACCUAACUUUACCAGGGGGGAGAGGGUCUGGUUGUCAACCAGAAGCCUCAAAUCAACAGGACUGUCUGCCAAGUUGGACGAUCAAUACAUAGGGCCAUUCAAGAAUCUGGAGCAAGUCAACCUGGUGAGGUUCAAACUGCAGCUAGCAGAGUUAGUGAAAACCCAUCCAGUAUUGCAUGGUGCCUCUUAAUACCUUAUGUAGAAAACCCAUUCCCUGGUCGGUGCAACCUGCAACCACUGCCUGUAACACUCCAAGAGGAAGACCGGGUCUGGCAUAUUCUGGCCUCCAAGUGAGUGCGGGGUAGGCUUUAUUGCCUAGGAGAUUGGGGAGGUUAUGGUCAUGUUGACUGGUCAUGGGAGUCAGCAGAGAAUGUCCAUGCACCAGCUUUACUGCAGGAUUUCCACCAAGCUCAGCCCAAUAGGCCCAGGCCCAGGCCCCUUAGAAGGACCCUAGAGAGAUUUGGGUACGAUUAGGAGUGAGCUCCUUAAGCUGAGGACUAGCCAGCCCAGCCUCCAGGCAGAUCAAUGAGCUGAGCCGGGGUGCAGUAAGGCUGCCUGACUGGCUGAAAGGAGCCAAGAGGCCUGCUUUUAAGGUCAGCAGCAGCAGAUUGUUGGCUACUCAACGCACAUGCCCGCAGCUGUGAUCUCUCCUGUACCUUUCCUCCUCUUAGCCUUGCUUGAUUCUUGCUCCAGUCCUGCUCCUGUCUUGCCCCUGUCCACUCCAGCCCUACUUCGUUCCUGAUUCUGGCUCUGACCCUUGCUUCUGACUCCUGGUUCCUGACUCCAAUCCAGACUCCUGAGGGCUGUUCCUGGCAUCUAACCAGCACUGCUCUGAUCACUAAGCCUGAUUGCCCCUGCCCCAGUCUGUGCACAAGGGAUAGUUAAAUACUAGAAUCAGGUGCCAAGGGAGGUUGUGGAAUCCCUAUCACUGGAGGUUUCUAAGAAUAGGUUAGACAAACACCUGUCAGGGAGGGUUUAGGUUUACUUGGUCCUGCCUCACCAUGGAGAUGGACUAGAUGACCCAUCAAGAUCUCUUCCAGCCCUACAUUUCUAUGACUCCGUUAUUUUUACCCACUAAAGAGCUUUGCAAACAUUUCUCGAAAAUGGACCUGGUUUAGAGGGGAAGUGAAGGCAGCUAUAAAAAACAUGGAAGAAAGGGGAAGUUGAUAGUAAUGAAUAUAAAUCAGAAGCUAUGAACUGUAGAUAAUGUAUAAGGGGUGUGAAGGGGCACAAGGAGAAAUGUAUAGUCAGCAGAAUCCAGGACAAUGAGGAGAAGAUUUUAAAACAUUUUGAAAUAAACUGUUUCACAGGAAAAAGUUGGCUGUUUUUGACUAGCUCUGCAAUUAAUUUAGAACCCAGCGAUGUGUACGAGUAAUUCAGCUUAUUCCCUCCCAUGUGCAUUACUUUGCACUUGUCACUACUGAAUUUCAUCUGCCAUCAUGUUGCCCAUUCACCAGCCUUCCCCCCUACGCUUGACUAACACCAGUAAGUUUCUCUCUUCUGCAAACGGCAUCUCGCUAUUCUCACCCUCCUUCAGAUUGUAAUAUAUACGCUAAACCGUGUUCCGACCACAGAACCCUCUCGAACCCGCUGAAACUGUAAAUCUUUCACAGUGGCAAAGAUUGGCGAUUUAUUUCUACUCUGCUUUUUGUUUCUUACCCAGUUUUUCAUCUGUGACAAUAUAUUGUGU